ACCGACAACUGGCCAGCGUUUGGUGUGGAAAAUAUAUUAUAAAUAUGCUAACCUGGCAGAUCGUAGCGCUGGGGUUAGUCAUUCCAAUUCUGGCAAUGGCUGCGAGUGGUACUAAACUGGAGAGCGGCACGUGCCCGGCGGCAGCGGAUGGCGAUUCCGGCUGCGUAGGAAUUCCUCCUCCGCCGGAUCAGGCCCGCUACGACAACUACCGUAUCUAUAAUGUGGAGUUCGAGAACGAGGAGCAGAUUGCACUGUUCCAGAAGCUGGAGGACCAGAGCGACAGUCUUACCUUUAUCGGCCACGCCCGAGAAAUUGGCCAGAAGCUGUCUAUUCUGGUGGCGGCGCAUCGCGUUGCGGAUUUUGCCGAUCUCCUGGAGACCUACAAGUUGAAGCAUCGCGUCUUGACCUACAACUUCCAAGAGAAGAUAGACCGUAAUCUAAAGGAAGUUCAGCCUGAGGACAUUGAUGCCUUGCAGCUUGACUGGCAGCACUUCUUUCAUCUAAAGACCAUCUACGAGUGGAUGGAUAAGAUGGCCGCCAAGUAUCCCGAUCGUCUGACUGUCCUGGACAUGGGAACCAGCACGCAGGGCAACGCCAUAAAGGGUGUCAAGGUAUCGAGUAAUCCGAAAAACAAGGCCAUCUUCAUCGAGAGUGGCAUCCAUGCUAGGGAGUGGAUUGCCCCGGCCGCUGCCACUUACAUAAUCAAUGAGCUGCUCACCUCCCAGGAUCCGCAAGUGCAGAGACUGGCCCAGGAGUUCAACUGGAUAGUGUUCCCCUGUGUCAAUCCCGAUGGCUACAAGUACACCUUCGAGCACGAUCGCAUGUGGCGCAAGAACCGCCAGUUGUUUGGAACCUGCCGCGGCGUGGACCUGAACAGGAACUACCCCGACCACUGGAACAGCGCUGGUGCUAGCAGCGACCCAACACGUUACGAUUUUGCCGGUCCCUCCGCCGGAAGCGAGCUGGAAACGCAGCGCGUAAUCGAAUUCAUACGCGCCAAUGUGGGCAAGGAGCAGAUCAAGACCUAUAUUGCCCUGCACUCCUACUCCCAGAUGCUUAUGUUCCCGUAUGGCUACACUAAGGAACGCGUGUCCAACUAUGAUGAUCUACAGGAGUUCGGCAAGAAGGCAUCCGCGGCCAUUAAGGCGGAGAGCGGAAGGGAUUAUGUGAGUGGCAGCCUGUAUGAGACCAUCUAUCCGUCGAGCGGUGGCAGCAUGGAUUGGGCACAUUCCGAGGCGGGCAUUCCGAUUGCUUACACUUUCGAGCUGCGUGGGCCGCCGGACAGUCAGGAUCUGUUCAUCCUCCCCGCCGUGGAGAUCCUGCCCACAGCUAGCGAAGCUUUUACUGCCAUUCGCACCAUUGUGAAUGCGGCGGCCGAGAAGGGCUACUACAAGUGAAUAUCCCCCGUUCUAGUGUUCCUGGAAUGGAAAUUUUUAUACGUUCAACGAUCUAGACAAACUUUAAGUGCACGACGAUAUUAUCUUUAUCUUUAUACAAAAUAAACUCAUAUAAAAACCA